AGUCUGAACAGGAGACCUACUCCUAAAUAAAAACAGUUGCUGCUCUCUGUGAAAACUCUUAUCUUUCGUAUCGCUUAGCGAGCUCCGGAACCCCUCAUCGCUAAUCAAAUGAGAGUCCAGUUCGGUCGCGAGCCUCAGUCUUGACACGUUUAUGCCGCAACAUGGACUACCUGCUGCAGGUGAAAAUAGGCGCUCUGGUCGCAUUAUUGCUCCUAACUCUGAUUUUUGGAUUCAUCCCUGCUCGAGUCAAAUGGUUCAGAGACACCAACGGAACAGAGCUCCACCGAACGGUUCUGAGCCUCAUCAGCUGCUUUGCCGGAGGGGUUUUCCUUGCAGCAUGUCUUCUCGACAUCAUUCCAGAUUAUCUGUCCGACAUAAAUGCGGAGCUGGAGGCUCGGUCGGUGAAGACCAGCUUCCCUCUUCCAGAGUUCAUCAUGGCCGCCGGCUUCUUCAUGGUCCUCAUCCUGGAGAGGUUUGUCCUGAACUGUCGGGAGAUGCAAGGGGCUCCGGAGGAGAGAGCGCCCCUCAUGCCGGACAACAGAAACGGCCACGGCCACGGGCACAGAGCAAGCCCCGAUCCGGAGGCCAGCGGCCACCACGUCCAUGUCGACUUUCAGGCUCACUCGCCCUUCCGCUCCUUCAUGCUCUUCCUCUCCCUCUCGCUCCACUCGAUUUUUGAGGGUCUCGCAAUCGGCCUGCAGAGCACGGACUCGAAGGUAUUAGAGAUCUGCAUCGCUAUCCUCGUCCACAAAAGCAUCAUCGUGUUCAGCCUGUCGGUGAAGCUGGUCCAGAGCGCGGUCCGCCCGCUGUGGGUGGCGGCUUACAUCGGCGUGUUCGCCCUGAUGACGCCUGUCGGCAUCGCUAUCGGCAUCAGCGUGAUGGAGGCUCGGCUGGCGUCCGGGGCGCUGAUCCAGGCCAUCCUGGAGGGGCUCGCCGCAGGGACGUUUAUCUACAUCACCUUUCUGGAGAUCCUCCCGCACGAGCUCAACUCCCCCGGGAAGCAGCUUCUCAAGGUGCUCUUCAUCGUGCUGGGCUUCAGCAUCAUGGCGGCGCUGACGUUUUUGGGCUGAGACCGAGGUCGGUCGUCGUCGUCUCAGCCGUGGGGACGUGACCCGAACGCUUUGCGGCAACGACUGCGGCUCACACAAACUUGACUUUUGUACUAAAAGACAAACUUUCUUCACUAAAGAAGAAGUAGGUUCUACUGUGGAGCCGUUACACCCGACUCUGGAGCUUUUAAUGUCCAAGGGAGCGUGACAACAGAUGUUAAUCUUGUAUUGCUUUUAAUAUAUUUAAAAAAAAAAAAAAA